GCCCUCGGAGCGGCGCGCGGCACCGUGGGGUCUCGGGGCCCGCCGCUCACAGACAAUCGGACCCUUGGAUAAACAUGGUGUGCUCCCCGGGAGAGGGGAGCGGGGCCACGUCCGCGGGCGGACCCGGCGAGGAACCCGGAGCCCCCACCGUGCGGGGGAGAAGGUGGGGACGGUCAGGCCGCGCGGGCUCUUUAAGACCGUGCUCGUGCUAAAGCCUACCGUGAGUAACCUGGUCCCAGGUCCCGGGAGAAACGAGUUGGCUUGGUCUAAAUAGGUGGAUGAGAGCUCAGAUCUCUAGGCGUGGAAUUUGGGGAAGUUAUGAAUGGGGGUGGUGGGGAGGCACAUGGCUUUGAGCCAAGCCCCCAGGUACGUUGUAAAUUUUUUUUUUUUUUUUGCGGUACGCAAGCAUGUGGGAUCUUCCUGGACCGGGGCACGAACCCGUGUCCCCUGCAUCGGCAGGCGGACGCUCAGUCACUGCGCCACCAGGGAAGCCCCGUUGUAAAUUUUAACAGGGCUCCUGGAGAGGGCGGUGAGACUAAGCAAGGACGAGUUCCAAAGGGAGGAGAGCCCCCCACCUGGCUUCAGCGUCCACGCGGCUGGUCCUUCAUGAUCUCGAUGCAGAGGCCUCCAAUGGCUGUGAUAAGCCUUCUGUUCUUGGCAGUGAUGUACGUUGUGCACCACCCUUUGAUGGUCAGUGACCGGAUGGACCUGGACACACUAGCCAGAAGUCGGCAGCUGGAGAAGCGGAUGAGUGAGGAGAUGCGCCAGUUAGAACUAGAGUUUGAAGAGAGGAAGCGAGCAGCUGAGGAGCAGCAGAAGGCAGAGAACUUCUGGAGAGGAGACACAUCCAGUGACCAGUUAGUGCCGGGGAAGAAAGACAGGGGGCGGCCGUUCCAGGCGGAUGGCCACGAGGGGCCGCUGGGCUGGAUGCUGGGAAACCUGUGGAACGCUGGCCUCUUUUGCUUUUUUCUCAUCUUUGAGCUCCUGCGACAGAACAUGCAGCACGAGCCGGCCUUUGAUUCCAGCAGCGAUGAUGAGACGGAGGAGGUCCGUGUCGUGCCUGUCACCUCCUACAACUGGUUUACCGACUUCCCCCCGAGCGAGGUCCUGGAAUCCUUUUACAAACACCACAUCCAGAACGUCACCCGGGACCUGCCCUGCACCUGCGAGUUCGUGGAGAGCUUUGUGGACGACCUCAUCAAGGCCUGUCAGGUGCUCAGCCGCCGGGAGGCUCACCCACAGUUGGAGGACUGCCUGGGCAUCGGGGCUGCCUUCGAGAAAUGGGGAACCCUCCACGAGACCCAGAAAUUAGACAUCCUGGUGCCCAUUGUUCCCCCCCAGGGCACUAUGUUUGCGCUGGAGAUGAGGGAUCUGGCCCUAGGCUGCCGCUGUGGCCGCGUGCGGGUCGAGUCGGAAUGCGUGUGCAAGCGCGAGAAGCUUCUGGGGGAGGUGUUGUGCCUGGUGCACCACCACAGGGACCACUCAGCCCUCCUGGGCAAGUGUAACAGCUCCAUCAAGGCGGCUCUCUGCACCGGCUCCUACCUGGAUGUGUGUAAGACCGUGCAGUGGUUCCGGAACAUGGUGGGCAACGCCUGGGCCCUCGUGGCCCACAAGUAUGACUUCAAGCUCAGCCUGCCGCCGUCCACCACCUCCUGCAAGCUCAGGCUGGACUACCGCUCAGGCCGCUUUCUCUCAAUCCGCCUGGUCCUGGGUGUGCAACAGGAAGACACCUUGGUCUACCUGGUGAGUCAGGCCCCUGACCAGGAACAGCUCACCAGCGUGGACUGGCCCGAGUCCUUUGCAGCCUGUGAGCACUUGUUCCUAAAGCUGGUCGGGCGUUUUGCUCCCGAGAACACCUGUCACCUCAAGUGCCUCCAGAUCAUUUUGAGUCUCCGGGACCUUCAGAGUUUACCCCAGGGAGCAUCCCACCCCAUCCUCACCUCUUACCACUUCAAAACAGCCCUCAUGCACCUGUUGCUGCAGCUGCCCCUAACAGACUGGGGGCAUGGCAUGCUCUCCCAGCGGCUCCAGGACAUCCUCUGGUUCUUGGGCCAAGGCCUCCAGAGAAGGUCCCUCCAUCAUUUCCUCAUUGGUAACACCUUCCUGCCCCUGACCAUCCCGAUCCCUAAGACAUUUCGUAAUGCUGAGCCCGUCAAUAUCUUCCAACACCUGGUGCUAAACCCCAUGGCACAUUCACAGGCAGUGGAAGAGUUCCACAACCUUCUGACCCAGGUGAAAGCUCUGCCCUGUGCCUCGCUGGCUGGGGCACAUUAAUGUACAGGCCAUUAAAAA